CUGUGGCUGGGCGGCGGGUCGGGGCCAGCGCUCCGCCAUCGCGGCGGCGCCGGGGCCGGGCCGGGCCGGGUCAGGUCAGGUCUCGUCUCCCCGCUCUUUCUGGCCUCCCGGGAAAGCCGCUGUGUGAAAAUAGGACCUCAGUCCGCCCCCGGAGGGUGGGGACGGGGCUCCGACAGCCCUUUACGGCGCGGCUUGUGUCCCGCCCCGGGCCUGGUGGUGGUUGCGGUGUCAGGCCUGGGCGCCAUGGAUCCGUUUUUUACUCUGCUGCACUCUUUCUCCUCGAGCUUGUCGGACAGUGAACUUUCUUCCCUGAAGUUUCUCUGCCGGGGGAAAAUUGGGAAAAGGAAGCUGGAGGCUGUCCGAAGUGGCAACGAGCUCUUCGCCAUCCUUCUCGAGCAGCAGCUGAUUACAAGCGACAAGGUAGCGUUUCUUGAAGGCUUGCUUAAGAGCAUUAAAAGAGAAGAUUUGGUCUCACAGCUGAAGCAGUUCGUAGAGGAAGGAGAAGUUAACGUUCCUGACGAUGAACCAGAUGUGCAUGAAAAACGUCUUCAGAAGGCAGCUAUUGAAGUCAUAUGUGAAAAUGUUGGGAGAGACUGGAAAAUGCUGGUGCGAAAACUUGGCCUUUCUGAAGCAAAAAUGGACAGAAUAGUGGCAGCCAAUCCAUUUAACUUGCAUGAACAAUUGUUUCAGUCACUUCGAGAGUGGCAGAAAUGGAAGGGAAAAGAUGCAAAGGUGACUGACUUAAUAAAAGCUCUUCGGGGCUGUAAUAUGAAUUUGGUGGCAGACAGAGUUGAACAGAAGCUCUUGCCACUGAACACUGGAACCAAGUGAAAUCAAUAUAAAAACACUUUCAUGUCCCACAGUUAUGAAUGAGAAAAGUAAAAGUGCCUUCUACUCUUCUGAACCAAGAUCAAUAUCAUUGGUUCUGUUACUUAUUCUGCCAUUAAUUUAUGUGCCUUAAUAGGUUGAUUUGUGGUCAGAUGAAGGGUAACAUAAAACCAAAUUCUUUUCAGGUAAUGCUUUGUAGUUUGAUGCUUCCUUUAAGAGAUUUUAACUUUUAGAAGACCUAAACUCCAUUUUGUAGAAAUUCUCACACUUUUGUUCUACCACUCAUCUGAAAACAAGAUUUCCUCUACUGCAGGUACUUUUCAGAUAUCUUUUCUCUGGAAAUAUAUCCGUGGGACACUUUGGAGGCAACUGUAAAAUUUCUGUAAAAAACUGUAAAAAAUGGGGAGCUUAGAUAUUUUUUAAUUUUUUUUGUGGCCUAGUAUAACUAGUGUGAAAGGAGUAGACUCCUUAGGUGGUACUGGGUUUUCUUUUUGAGUAGCAGAAGAUAAUACCUUCCAUAAUUUGUUGAAUACAUUUGCCUCUCCAAAAAGGGAUACUAAGAUGACUGUAACUCAGUCUGCAGUGCAAGACUGCAGUGCAAGAGGGCUAUUUACUAUUGUGGUGGCUUUUUCUUGGCAGAAAAUGUGCCUAGGUUGAAAAUGAACUAGUUGAAAUCAAAUGUCUCUUAUCAAGUGCCUUCAUCAUCCUGAAGGAAGUGUUCUUCUGAAACUAUCAAAGAAAUUCUGUCUGACAGAUGUUUACAGCAGCCUCUUUUUACUGCCGUGAAUGUUUUAAUAUUCUUUACUAGGAAUCCUUUCAUAACCUACGUCACAGUCUGGUUGUGUCUGCUGGAAGUUGCAGCUCACCUCAUAAGUAAGCUGCAGUUAUCUGUGCUCUUGGUAACAAAAUUUUGUACUGUAACAAAAACAUUGAAAACAAAUUGGUUUCUUUUGAGCGGAGAGGUGUGAAGGCCUACUGAGAGCAAAUAUAUACUAUAGUCUUUUCUCUAGGGAUAUGCUGUGAAGAUCAGCUGUCUUUCGCCACAGUUUGUUCUCUUCAAAGGUUGCUCCAGAUCCAAUACCUCUUCCAAGUCCUCUGCAAUUUUUUAGUUCAUUCCUGUUCCUUGACAUUUUUUGAAUGUGGUUGUAAGCAACUUGCAAAGGAAGGAGGGUUUAUGAACCAGACCAGAUUCAGCUUUCAGCUUUAAUUUGGAACAGACUUCAAAAAAAUGGCCUUCACACCGAACCUAAUUGCACAAGCUUCAAGACAUGCAGGGCUGUAGAGGCCUCUGGGGACUAUCCCCUAUGCAAGGCGGGGAAAGUCCUCUGAAAUCAUUAUUGCUUGAAUGAGUAGGAUUGAUUGUUACUGCAAACAUCCUUCUAACUACAUAAAUCGAUACUUGAAGAGGCUUCUUUUUUGUGUACCUGUGUGACUUUUAGCUCCUUUCAAGUUCUUUUACAUGGUGCCAUUACUGUGAAGGCCAGGUGUCAGCAUAUAAUAUACCACUACUCUGCAUAAAUGGUGUGACGUUGAUAAUUUUCAAGUUUUUGUUGCAGUUGGUGCCUCUAGUUUAGACAACGACACUUGAAUACUUGAUUGUAGUUAAUGGAAACUGCUGCAGUGUGAACUUAUCUUUUCAUUAAGGUUUUUCCUUAAUGAUUCUUACAAGUAUUUUUCUAAUCGUAGUAUACUAAAUGUCAGUGGUAGUAUCCAAGCAAAGGAGCAAUGGGUAAUACAGAAGUUCCCACUUGUCUGCCUUUUGGGCAGGUACAGUUCUCGAAGUACUGGCUCCAAUGCUUGUCGGUAUUGAUUGCCAAUUCCAGACUUCCAGUAGGAGAUACAGCGCUGCACUUCAGCUAAAUGACUAGCUCAAGUGUUUUGGAGGUUUUUGUUUAAUAGAUACAGUCUUCGUUCUACAGUACUUAAAGAAAAUGAUUGCUUCAGACUUUUUUCCAUCGUGCCUCUAAGCAAUCUUUGUGAGUAGAGUGGAGUAGAAGUCAAGUUAGCAAGAUGAGUUAUGUUUGUGGUGAAACAGCUCUGCACAGUUCCAAGUUCAAUCUGUCCAGUAACAUGUUUUUCUUAUCCACUUGUAAUAAGUCUCCUGGUUCACAGAAGAUAGAUUUAUCUGGAACAUGAAAAGAAGUAUACUGCCUACUGCAUAUAACCAGGAUAUUUUAAGAAUCAGUAGGAAUAACUUGUUAGUUGUAGCCAAGCGCUCAUCAGCUACAAGAAAUAUUCUGCCUCAGAAGAUAAAAACCUCUUGUGUCUUUAAGGAUUUGUACACGGUGGAUGUUUUGCUGUGUAUGAAAGCAAUGACCUAGACUGCAUCAAUCUGUGCAGUACCUCAGGGCCAAUUAAAAACUGUUUUUAUUAGUGAUUAUAAAGUUGAUUAUGUGAGAACAAAAGCAAAUGGAACAAAAUGGAGCAAAGGGAACAAAAACUUUUUAUUGGGGGGAGGGGUAAGGGAAAAGGGUAUGAUUUGUAAGGAACUGUGUUGUGAUCCAGUUAGCAGUGUUUUAAUUUCAACACAAGUAUUUUGGCCUCAAAUACACAUAUUUUUAUAACUUGAAUUAAAGUUUUAUAUUGUAUAAUUUUGUGCACAUUUCAUUAAAAGAAUACUUCCUUAAAAGAAA